GUUGAUAACAUUUUUUUUUUUUUCAAAAGAAACAACACGUUUAACCGACAUCGCACGUGCGAAGCUUUCGAAUAUUCUAACGGGAAGACAGUUGCGCGUUCAGUUGAACGCGAUCUCGUUCUCCCGGUUCUGACUGCUCAACCGACCGGCAAACCGACAGAGAAUAAGAAAAUAUGGCGGACACCGAUUUGGAAUACCUGUUGCUACAAGGGCAAAAGCUUUGCAAAGACACCGACACUUUGAAGCCGGUGUCCAAAAUACAUAAAUCGUUGCGUCAGCUGUGCAGGAAUGCCGAUCACUCGUCGAAACAGUUGUUAGGUGGGAACGACGAGCAAUAUGCGAAGGAGUUCUUGGCGAACCGCGGACUGGACCUGCACAGCUACGGUAGCGUGCUGAAAAAGUUGCGCACGUAUCAGGACCAGAACGCAAUGGCAACGUGCGACGCCAAACCCGUGAUGGACUAUUCUAGUAGCGUGGAGUCGCUGAUGGGCAGACACGUAGAGGACUAUAUCAAGAAUCUGGAAGGGAGAACGGACGAGAAGGAAGCGGUGAGCGGCAGUGCGCGUGACCUGAUCGAGACGAGCUGGGGCAAGAUCAAAAAGGGUCUGGUAUACAACGAGUUCGCGUCGGACUCGUACGACGUGUCAUUCUGCCUGCAGAACUUGCCGAUCACCAAGAAGAACACGCAUUUCACGUUCGAUCCGAGCGGGGGCGGAGGCGAUUUCCCGUUCAUCGAGGAUGUGAAGGACUACAUCCGGGCGAAGGAGAGCGGCGAGCCGGUCGGGGAGCUGAUCGGUCGGUUUUUGGACACCAUGCACCGGUCAAACGCGGACGCCACAGUCGCGCACAUCUGGAACGUGGUGAAAUACAUGCACGACAUAACACCGCAGCGGUCAGCCAACGGGUCGUUCAACGAACGUUUCUCGGAGGAAAACCAAACGAAGCUGGUGAAGAACGCGAAAAACUAUCUGGAAGAUAAGUACCAAUCGUUCCUGAUCAAGGAGACGCGACAUUUGGACAUCGGCGGCGCUGUCGGCGACACCGGUCACAUGGCGGCCGUCAUCGGUUCGUACGUGUUCAUGAACGCCGGCCGGCCGCCCGCGGCGGCCGCUGUGCAGCAGCAGCAGCAGCAAUUCGAUUUCCACGUGAACGAACAGUCCGUCUGGCCGUUGCUGUACUUCUGUUUCCGGUGCGGCCGCACGGACGUGGCAGAACAUUUCGUCCGGGAGUCUGGGCUAGCGCUCGACGACCUAGUCAACGUGUUCACGCAUCUGAAGGACGGCAGCUUCACGGGACGCGCGGCCACCAACGUAGGCGUCACGUUGAACCGGUACUACAGGACGCUGCCGGCGGCGGUGUGCGGCGACAACGCGUUCCGGAAGACGACGUUCUCCCUGCUGGGCCUGGUCGAAGCGAACGCGGAGAAGGCGGCCGUUGCCAAGACGGUGGAGGACAAGCUGUGGAUGCUGCUGGUCGAGCACUCGGCGGCCAAGUACGCAGACGCGUCCGACGGGCUGGACUAUGGCGCGCUGCAGCGGUACGUGCUGGACCACGGCAAGCCGUACCGGGACCAGCAGCCACACGUGUACUUCGAGCUGCUGUUCCUGGUGGGCCAGUUCGAGAGCGCUGUGGACUUCCUGUACCGCAACGCCGCGGCCGCCGCGUACUCGAACCACGCGGUGCACAUAGCCAUCGGGCUGCGCGAGAAGCGCGUACUGGCCACACCGGGCUACCUGCAGGCGCCGUUCCUGUCCAACGAGAACGUGGACGUGCGGUUCGCGCGGCUCAACUACACACGGCUGGUGCUGCUGUUCUGCCAUGAGUUCGAGUCGCAGUACCCGCACUACGCGGCCUACUACUACUACUUCCUGCGCGACGGCGACGGUGACGAUUGCGACGGCGGUGGUGGCCGCGACCAGCGGUGGCAGCUGUUCUACCGAUGCGUGGCCGAUCUGGCCACGUCGUUCGACGGCAAUAUGUGCGAGUGGAUGUUCGGCGCGGAGGGCGGCCGGUUGCGGGACGUGUACGCCGCGGACACGGUGGACGCCGUGGUGGACCGCACGCUGGAGCUGGCGCUGGACCGGAGCCGGCCCGAAGUGGCCAUCGAGCUGUACACCAUGCGCUCGGACCGGGCCGCGUACGGCGUGAUGAACGGCAUGCUCAGCCGCGCGAUAUACGAGUUUGACGUGCCCAGGACCCGCGAACGGAUGCGCAGGCACGGCGUCGGGGCCGGCGCAAAGAACUAUUGUGAUCGUGUGUACGCGUACGCGGAACACCUGCACGCGGCCAAGGGCAGCGGCGGAUUAGAAACGGCAGCGGUAACCCGCGGCGGCCCCAUCGACACGUUCCAGGUGCUGCGCGACGUAUACGCGUUCUUCUACCACUGGUCAGAGUUCCGGUUCCAGGAGGCCGUGGACAAGGCCGCGGACUCGGGGCUAGUGCCGUUCACCGAAGGCCGUGACUUCCGACGGUGUCUGGACAACUGCACCAGCAGGUACGGCGAGCUGGUGCAACGCAACGUGUCCCACUUCCUCAAGUCCGUGGCGGACGCGCUGUGCAACGAGCACACGAACGUCUCGGGUGGACGGCAGAACCGGGACGGCGACGACGACGAGGAGGAGGACGAUAGUGCGGCCGACAAUGAGGGAUCGCUGACCGAAGACGAGGACAGCGACGUAUUCGACCGGAGUCGAGGGACUGGAAGUGGCGGAUGGACGAAACGACGUUUGCGCAACGCCGUUAAGACGGUGUACCUGUUCGCCGCCCAGCUGCCGGUGCACGUGGCUCAGGACGCGGUCGAGUACAUCUCGGCGAACGCGUCCAUCGUGCACCUUAAUUAGUAGUAACUAUUAAACGCAGCGCCGCGCAGUCGUUGUUCGAACAUGUUAUUAUUAAUGCUAUGUUCUGUAUUUAUGGACAAGAAUGGUAAAACGUGUGUACACGUUUUUCUCGACCGAACCGUGGUCCGACACGUAUCCGAAGAUAUUGUGCAUCCUGUUCCCACGCGAAAUUUAAGAAUUCCUGAUUAGUACGUCUGAACACCGAAGCAUUUUAUUUACACGACUUCGUUCGAUAAUAUUCUACUCGAGUUACAAUUUUUCUUACACGAUCAUUAUUCAAUAUAUUGUUUAUUAUUAUUAUUAUUAUUUUUUUUAUUGUACGCAAGUUACUUUAUAAAAUGUAUUGCAUCAUGUUUUUUUUUGUUAUUUUCAAUUAUAUUUGGUUAACAGUGUAUAUAGAUAGGAAAAAGAACUGAUAUGUAUUUGUAAAUCGGCGGCUCUGUCGCAGAUGUCGAAGUUAUUUGAUUUUUGUUUUAACAGGAACACUCGAAACUCAUGCCGUCAAUUUUAUGUGAUCCUAAUACAAUAUUACAAUGUAUGUCAACGAUGUCUGUAGUGACCUCGUUUUAAAUGUAUUCGAUAGUAGUUCAAUAAAUUGUACGAGUUAUCUACCUUGAACACGAUUACGCUUUGUAUGAAUAAAUAUGUACAAACUUAAAAUAAAUUAUGAUGGUUUGAGCACUUUCCAUACAUAA